AUGUUGAUGAUGUCUGCCAACAAACCUCAACAGGAUAACUUGAAUCCAAACAUCCAGCAUCUUACACAUUCCAGCGCGUCUCCCGAUGGUUCCUCGCAGAAGGUGAAACUUCCGAGCAUCAACAAGCUGUUUCCGAGCGUCGACGCGCCUCCGGCCAAGACUGUGUUUCCAAACCAGCAACAGUAUAUUCCCACAACAACAAUCGUGCCGCAUCCUUUUGCAGCCGGCCAGUUCUCGCCCUCGCCAGUGCGCACCAUCUCGCCGCCCGUGGUGCCCGACAUGGGUCAGCCGCCUGUUCAGCCUGUGGUAUUUGGACCUGCUCCCGUGUAUCCGGUCCCCCCUGUGCAGCCCGUGCAGUCGUUUGUGCCGGUCUCGAUCCCCAUGCAGCUGUCCGAGUCGGUCGACUCCGCCAUAGGCACUUCUGGAGCUCGCCGGUCCGCCUCUCAGGAGAGUCGGUUCAAAUGCGACAAGUGCCACAAAUCCUACACACGCAAACACAAUCUGAUCUCGCACAAGCUUUCUGUGCAUGAGAAGGAGAAACUCUUCAGCUGUACCGAGUGCCAGGUGAAAUUCAGCCGGUCGUCUGACCUGUCGCGCCACACUAAAGAACAACACUCUUCAAACGUGAAACCGUUCAUUUGCGGUGGGAUAAAUCCGGACGGCACCUCGUGGGGUUGCGGAAAACAGUUCUACCGCAAAGACCAGCUGAAAAGUCAUCUCAGCACAAACAAGGCGGAAUUCAAGUGUCUCAAGAAGAAUUUUCCCAUCAUGAUGCCCCUCCCGCCGUCCUCGGGUGAAGAAAGACCACCCAUGUACGGGUAA